AUGCCACCAGUGGCCGACGUGAUCGCUGAUAACAGCGCCCAAGCUGUGGCGAAGGCCAAAUGGGAGCGUCAUACAUCGGUAAAUUCGAAGACGGCGCCACACAGCCUGUUCCGCGAGGAAAAAUGGUUUACUGGCAAGGCGCCACAGCCAGGGGUUUGUCCCGGCGUAAAUGAGGCUGGAGUAAUCGCAAAACUCCCGCUGCCCAACUUGGCGACAACCGGCCGGGCUGAGAUGCUGCAGUAUUUUGACAAUACAUGGACUUUAUAUGAGACACUGUUUGCAGGCCUGCGUACGCAGACGGCCUUCUAUCGCCAGCCGGACCAUAAGCUGCGGCAUCCGCUCAUCUUCUACUACGGUCAUACAGCAGCCGUGUACAUCAACAAACUCAGGGUCGCUGGGCUUAUCGACAGUCCCAUCAAUACUCACUUUGAGGCUUUGCUGGAGGUUGGCGUGGAUGAAAAUUCCUGGGAUGACCUCUCCACCGACGAGACCGUGUGGCCGGAGCUCGAUGAAGUACACGCCUACAGAGCUGAGGUGUACACCGUCAUGUGCGAUGUUAUUGCCAAUACCGAGUUUGCUGCCGAGAUGGGGCGGCCGGUCAACAUGAACGAUAAGGCUUGGGCAAUUGUUCUCGGUCUUGAACACGAUGGAAUCCACCUGGAUACCAGCUCAGUCCUGAUUCGAGAAUCUCCAGUCGACCUCCUCUCGCGCCACCCGGCCUGGCCUGCACCAUCGACAUCCGCACGUACAUCUCAGGAGGAGAGAUUGGUGCCAGACAACGACAUGGUCAGCGUCCCCGCCGGCGAGGUGGUGAUGGGGAAGCCAAACGAUUUCCCUUCGUUCGGGUGGGACAACGAAUACGGCCAUCAGCGUGUCCAGGUUGAAGCCUUCGAGGCAAGCAGAUACCUGAUUAGUAACGGCGAGUUCUAUGACUUUGUAGCCGACGGUGGCUAUCGUGAGCAGCUGUACUGGUCUGAGAGCGGAUGGGGACAGAGACGUCUCAAUAACACUAAGCAUCCACGAUUUUGGGUUCGGGACGGGCCGGCCGGGCUCCACAGCUACCGCCUGCGCACGAUCUUCGAAGAGGUGGCCAUGCCUUGGGACUGGCCGGUCUGUGUCAACUACCAUGAGGCCAAAGCAUACUGCACCUGGCGUAGCAAGCGCAGUGGCCGAUCAUACAGACUCAUCUCUGAGGUCGAGCACCACCGCAUGCGCGACCCGUUGCCAGAGAACCCCAGUCCUCAGGAUGACCCUGUGAUGUGUAUGGACGGCCAUGCACUUGCUCAUAAGGGUAUUAAUUUGAACCUGGCCUUUGGAUCAGAGACACCAACAGAUGCCUCGCCACCCACCGCCAUGGGAUUUGGGGAUGUCUUUGGAAACGUCUGGCAGUGGUGCGAGGACGCCUUUGCGCCACUGCCAGGCUUUGCCGUCCAUCCCUACUACGAGGACUUCAGCACCCCCUUCUAUGGAGGUGAACACCAGCUGCUUCUAGGUGGUGCUUUUGCUGCCACGGGCGAUGAAGCCAGUAUUUGGGGUAGAAUUCCGUUCCGCCCUCACUUUCUACAGCACUCCGGCAUCAGACUUGCGCUCUCUGCUGGAAGUAAGAUCGAAAAGCCAUCUAGAGUUGUUAAGAAAGACGAAGCUGUGGCCGAAGUUGAUGUUGACGCCAAUACCCGCCGUGAACUAAACCAACGCAUGCUCCUACACUAUGGCUCCAUGGCAGAGACACUUGGUCCUGCGGUGCUAGACACCGCUGGGCUCAACCUAUGCCAUAAUUACGUACACCGCGUAGUUGAGCUACUCGUGGAUACCGCGCGCGCCCAGGGCCUAGAGCUCCAGUCUGCGCUUGAUGUAAGCUGCGCUGUUGGCGGCACAACGUUUGGGCUAAGCAAGUACUUCGACAGAGUUGUCGGAGUCGACCCGAACCAGGCCUUCAUUAACGCAGCAAACACCAUGGCUCGGUCAGGGAGCAGGAUGUAUGAGCGCCGUGACAAUGGCGGACGCAUGACAAACCUGUGUGCUCGACUAGACACAGCAGCACAACCCGAGCGAGCCACUUUCCAGACCGCCGACGUUUGCGCUCUUCCAUCUGAACUUACUGGCUUCGAUGCAGUGUUGCUGGCCGACGCUUUACCAAGCCGUUUGUCUGACCCAGACGCCUUCAUAGCACGUAUGACCGGGCCACAUUCCAUCGUCCGCCCUGGAGGACUGGUCCUUCUUUCAGAUGAGAUUUUGAAUAACUCAACGUUAUCCGAAUCUCCUACAAAUGGCUCCUCGAAGAGUAAGAAACUACCGGUGGAGUACGAGCUGCUUCGUGUCUGUGACCUUUCAGUACUGCUUCGAGAAAAUGAUCGUCAUUUUCAGCACAUCAUACCCCGGAUCAGUAUCUGGCAACGCAGUAUGGCUGCAGUGAUCUAG